AUGGAACAACUGGAGCAGAAGACCAUCAGAGUCACGUGCGUUCUGGGCCAGGAAGUUCUUAACCCUUUCCAUUCAAUGAGGCGGGGAUGCAGGUUAUUUAGGGGAUCAGAAAAAUAUGGACUUUGCCCGUUGUUUCCUUCUGCCGGGAUGGAGUGUUUCGGCCACCUUUGCCACCAGAGUGGAAGGUUCUACCUGUUUCCACAGGUGCAGUGGGUAACAGGGAUGGCCAAUGAUCACCGGCUUUUUGUGACAGUCAACUCACCACAGGGCAUUCUCAUUGUGUCCAAGAACAAGGCUGUCGGUCAAAUUAACUUUCAGACUGAGGUGACAGGUUUUUACCGGAUUUGCCUUGGGAACCACAACAACCAGUUCGGAGGCAUCAGGGUCUUUCUGAACUUUGGCGUCAUCUACGAAGGUUUUGAGAAGUCAAAGAAAGAAAUGGAGGAGGGAGAGAAAGUCCUCAACAGCACUUUGGCCGGUAUUGAGGUGAGUGUUCAGAAGCUGCAGAUUCAGAUCUUCCACAUGUGGCGUCAUUACAACUUCGCCCGCAUGACGAAAGGGAAGGAUCACUACCUCCUCCUGUCCAACCUCAACUACGUCACCUGGUGGUCGGCGACCCAAAGCUUUGUCAUCCUCCUGUCCGGAUACCUGCAGCUUCUUGUCCUCAAAAGGCUCUUCCACACAGACCCCAGCAGGCCGCGAUGCUGAGAGCAGAACAUCCACACGUCUAGAUCGCUGCUGUGACCACAUUUCUACUUCUCUUAACAUAUUUUUUAUUAAUACAUCUUUGGAAAAGAUAGUGAUCUUGCACUGG